AUGGGUGGUACUGAUUUAAUGGACGAGAAUGUAAACAGAUAUAGAAUUGGUUUACGUGGGAAGAAAUGGUGGUGGUGUUUGUUUACUUGGCUUAUCGAUGUAUCAAUACAAAAUGCUUGGAUACUUCACAAAAAAUCUGGUGGCAAUCUAUCUCAACUUGAAUUCAGACGCGAUAUCGUGAAGACAUAUUUGAUUACCUACAGUAAUUUACCAAAACGACCAGGACCUUCAGCUAAAAUUCCUGAUGCUGCACGGUAUGAUGGGAGAGAUCAUCUAAUAAUACCAGUAGCUAAUGGUAUGAGAUGUGCGGCCGACAAUUGUACGUCCAAAGGACGUACACAGUGUUUAAAAUGCAAUGUUGGAAUAUGUGUAAUGUGCUUUGCUUCAUAUCAUAAUAAAUAA